CAUACACUUUAGGCGAAAAGGUAAUCUGCAUUAUUAUUGUAACCCAACGAGUACUGGUAUCUGGAGUUUGAUAUGAUAUUUCAAUAAUGGCAUGCCUUUCUAUCAAACGCAUAUUUUCUAUCUCAAUUUUCGUUGAAAUAUUUUACUUGACUUUAGCUGGUCUGAGCAUUUCGAAUAACGCAUUUAUACGAGACGCUUCUACCGAAUAUCAAAUAUCCGGUAGUUCAUUGAGUCUACAGUACUUACAGCGAUAUACCGGACAAACAAAAAUUGGUUCAUAUGAAGGAAACAUUCGUGGCUAUGCAGUUUCUGGACAUUCCGAAGUGAAAAUUGCACUGGAGUCACAAUAUUAUGAGCUUGCCGACAAUGUCAGCGCACAGAUUUUCAGACAGACAUUUCCAAAUGGCCUGACCAACACUUCUACUGGUGAAAGGGAUGGUCUGAUCACUGGCUGGCCCUGCUUUAAGAAAGAGAGUGAAUCCAAAUUGGGCUUCUGGUCUCUGGGAGAUUACAUGUUUGGAUGGAUGAACCAGCAGUUCGGAAAAUGGAAUGAAGACACCAUGAAAAUUUCAACUGGAUUGAAGUCUGGCCCUCUUAUGAUUUUGGAUGGUGUGGCUAAUGUGACUACAAUCUACUCUCGCUUUGAGGAGUUCUUGGCCACCCACAUGGCCUGGCAUGCGAGUAGAACAGACAACGGCACUAGCGAGUCCAGUGAGCUCUGCUAUGGCAUCAUGGGCAAUAUCUCAGAAGUGCCUGAACACUAUUCAGUCUCAUUCAUUCAGGUGGAUAUCCACGGCUUGUUAUCCCCUAGGAAAGCCUUUCAGAAAUGGGGUGAAAUAAUGACAACAUACUACGGCAAAACCAACAGCGCAAUGCAAACUGACCUGAGCGUGAACUAUCUGGGAUACUACACUGACAACGGAGCUUAUUACUACUACUCACCUGAGGUGAAUGAGACGUAUGAACAGACAAUUUAUCACGUAAUUGAUCAUGCGGAUGAAGUGGGACUGCCAUUCAAGUAUGUCCAGUAUGACUCAUGGUUUUACCCCAAGGACACACAAAAUGAUGCAGUCACUCAAUGGGUCGCAACCAAGGAGACCUUUCCGGACAACUUGACGGCUGUUUUCAACGGGACCAAGCUGCCAGUGGUAGCUCAUAACAGGGAUCCACUUAAUAACGCCGCAAUCUUGUACUUUUCACCCUACAACGUGUAUGCCAAGCAGAACGGGGGCUCAUUUGAGUUCAUAGUGGAAGAGGACAUUGCCAUCCCUGCAGACGCAAGACUGUGGCAGUUUCUGUUCCAGCAGUCUAAAGUGUGGGGUCUCAACACCUACGAACAGGACUGGCAAAAUAGAAUUCUGGAGGAGUGCGUGGCUACCACCUCCACGCUCUCGGCUGCCUCCGACAUGUUCUACCAGAUGGGCGAGGCGGCGGACCAGAGCGGCAUCUACAUAAAAUACUGCAUGUCCCCACCCAAAAGUGCAUUACAAAGUCUACUCUCAAACGCAGUCUCACAGGGUCGAGUGAGCGAUGACUACCAGCCAGGCAAUGAUCAGUGGAAAAUUGGGGAAACAUCGAUGUUCGCAUGGGCCAUGAAUCUGGCUCCAUUCAAAGACACCUUCUGGACGACUACUAGCCAACCCGGAAAUCCAUACAACCUAUCGGAGCCGUAUCCUAAGUUAGAAGCAAUGGUUGCACUUUUGAGCGCGGGUCCAUUCGCCACUUCGGACAAGAUCGGGUGCGAAUCAUUAUCCCUGAUUGCCAGUGCGACGAACAAAGACGGACUCAUCCUCAAACCAGACCAACCUGCCUUUGCAAUUGACCGACAGAUACUUCAGCAGACUGGUCUUAUAUCAGACGGACCUCACGGUCAAGUCUGGACAACAUUCUGCAAAAUUGGUUUUUUGACGUACGGAAUUAUUUUUGCUACCGAUUUGAAAAAGUCGUUCAAGAUGACGAUGGACGAUCUAGGUUUCAACCCUGGUUUAAACUCUGUGGUGUAUGUCUCAGAAGUCGGAUGGUACAAAACUUUAACUUACCAUAACGGAACUUUCAUAUUGGAGAACUGCACAAAAGAAGAACCCUGCUUAAUGUACACUAGUCCGAGGCUUCAGAGACAGGGGGUAGAUGCCAAGGGGAAGACGUUACCGGCUGUCUAUGUGUUGGGGGAAUUGGGAAAGUGGGCGCCUAUGAGCUCGAAAAGAGUGGAACGAAUAUCAGUGACCUAUGAUGAUGUCAUAAUAGACUUGAAGGGUGCAGCAAACGAGUAUGUCUCUAUUACAUUCCUAUUGGACGAAGGAGACUACUCUGAGUUAUACUACACUAUGAUUGGCUGUAUUUUGAACCAAUCGGGUCGCACUACAAUGACUUUAAAGAUGAUUUCCUGCUCCAAUGAAACAGAAUCGUUUUCGCGAACUUUCAAACAUUCGGAGAAACGAGUCAGCUGAAUGAACUUCACUUCAAAUAAAAGCAUAAGGAGAAAACUUUUAUUAUAUACUUGCAUGCUUUAUCGAAGGAACUUUAAAAUAUAUUACAGGUAGAGCAAGUUACAGGUGGAACUGUACAUUUAACCAGUUUAUUUAUAAGACCAAUAUAACUCUAGUUUUAUCAAAUGAUACAAGCUACGUUUG